UUAUAAAGCGCCUUCCACAACCCUGUCAGGAAGCCCAAGGCGCUGAACAUGGAACAGUACAAAGUUAAAUAAAGUGAAUAAAUCAGAAAAUAAAAGCAAUUUAAAUUACAGAUUACAAAUUACAAAAAAGGUGAAACAUUCUAGUAGAAGACAAAUGUGUAAAACAAGGGAAAAAGUGAACUAAUGAAAACUGUGAGAUAAAGUCAACAUAAAAGAGGGCCAAAUUCAAACAUGUUCAGGAAAUGCCAAGCGGAGGAGGUGGGUUUUUAGGCGACUCUUGAAGACUGGCAGAGAUGGGGACAGCCUAACAGCCUAACUAAUCAUUAUUGCAGCCUAAAGAUGAAAGAAAUCAAAUGAGUCUUUUUCAUUUAUGAUUAUUUAAUAUGAUAAUAUUAUAUAUGAUAUAAUAUUUAGUUUUCAAACACCAGUUUAGAUUAUAUUUAAGGCUUACAUUGAUUGUGAAAAACAAAUAGCAACAAUUAUGAAUAUAAAAAUAAAACACAUUUUGCUCAAGACCAGCCUUUAGUCAGCACAGCAGGUGUGUUUAUUUAUUUGGCCAAUGCAGCAACUUGAAAAACAAGAGUGUUAGGCUUUUACCAUCAUGAAUUAAAAAAAAAGUAUAAAAAGACCUUUUUUGGCAUUGUAUAAAACUCUUGUAUUGUUAUCUUUUGUAUUUCCUGUGUAACAGUUGACUCUAAUUCCUUAACGUGAGGUGAGACGAUUCACCGCGAGCAUGAACCUGAGUCUUCCUGAUCAGAACACGCUCAGCUCAAACGAAAGCUGCCUAGAAGACGACAAGCCUGCAGUCAUGCUGCCCUGCUUCCGCAGAAGCAUGUAUGACGAGCCUCUGGCUUCGUACUCAAACAGAUCCAUCAUCUCCCAACUCCUUCGCAAGACAAUCCACAACAAACGGGCCCUGGACGAAACCCACUUUUACCUCUCUAGCUCUGCUGCCGCAGACUCUGGCCAAGAUGACCACAGCAGCGUCUCCUCAAAGGACAGCACACUGGAGGCGGCGUCCCCGGGUGACCACAUCUCUACAGGAGCCAGCCCAGAAGGAGAGAUUCCUAUGACUGAUCAUCUACAGGCCAAGAGAGCCAGAGUGGAGAACAUCAUUCGAGUCAUGGCUGGUUCUCCUAACAGCAAGCAGCACGGCGAGACCGAAAAGUCUGAUGCAGAAGUCAGAGACACAAGGGAGGCCAGAGAAUCAUUUAGGGAGAACAAACGCAAGCAAAGGUUGCCCCAGCAUCAGGAGCACAGUUCAGCGGGGGGAGAGAUGAACAGAAAACCUGGCAGCGGCAGCGACAACACUAAAGAAGAGGAAUGUCACAAGUUGAAAGAGCAGCUGCACAGCAUGCAGAGGAUCCUGCAUCAGCUCCAGGAGAAGUUUCUGCAGGUUUACAGUCAGGAAAAUCCAGAAUAUGACAACAGGGAUGCAACAGAAGCCGAUUCAGAUCAUGAUCUCCUGAGAGAAAAAGUAGAGUCGUGCUACAUAAGCACUGAAGAGGAGCAGGAAAAGGACAAAAGCACAGCAACUCUGGCCUGUAAAGACAGAAUAAAAGCUAUUGGGUACGGGGUUCCUGAAAGAGAAAUUCAGAGUCUGCAGGAAACCUUAAAACAUGAGCUUUCCAGAGCCAUGAAUGAUUGUCUAGACAGGGUGUUCAAGAAGGUGUCUUCCACAGGGAUAAACCUGUCCCCUGAGCCCCGUAUGUGCUCAUCACCAGAAAUCCCAAUCAGCACAGGAGCAGACAGGAAGAGCCAGCUGACCUGCUCCACCCUUGGUGAGUCUGAAAUGGAGGAGUCCGUUAUAAAAUCUCAGUCAUCAGAGUUCUACGAAAGCUCAGAGGCUCAAAGCCCACAAGACCAGACAGAGGCCCUGUCUUUGGUGGUCCGUAAGCCCACAGAGACACCUGUUAGCUCCAUUACCCCGGCUGUGAAAAGGCCUUACCCCGUGCACCACACACCCUUUCAGUUCAGCUACACCAACCCUCUGCAUGAGAACCACAUCCUGGAGCACCUUCUGAAAUACGGCCCCCACACCAGCUUUGGACUGCUCCCUUGCAUGCCCCCUUCCAUGGACAGGACCUCGCCAGACUCGAUGAACAUGUCCUGGGAUGCCGUCGGCAUGAGGUCCAAAGUGACAUCCAGCCACUUUAGGCACCACCCGCGUUCUUCCAGUCUGGGAGCGGUGGCGGUGGACGGCCUGUGUGUCCCUCACGUUAAGAUGGAGAGCGGGGAACUGCAGAGCAUGGCUGAACGAAACCCCUACAUGUCUCUCAAUAUCCAGGAGGGGCUCACUCCGAGUCAUCUGAAGAAAGCGAAGCUCAUGUUCUUCUACACCCGCUACCCCAGCUCCAACGCGCUGAAGACCUUCUUUCCUGAUGUCAAGUUCAAUCGCUGCAUCACCUCCCAACUGAUCAAGUGGUUCAGUAACUUCAGGGAGUUCUACUACAUCCAGAUGGAGAAGUUUGCACGCCAGGCCAUCAUUGAUGGCAUCACAGACGUCAAAGACAUCACAGUUAGCAGGGAUUCAGAACUCUUCCGGGCUUUGAACAUGCACUACAACAAAGCCAACGACUUCCACGUUCCCGACAGGUUCUUGGAGGUCGCCGAAAUCACAUUGCAUGAAUUUUACAAUGCCAUCUCUGCAGCUAAAGAUUCAGACCCAUCUUGGAAGAAGGCCAUUUAUAAAGUGAUCUGCAAGCUGGACAACGACAUCCCAGAGGACUUCAAGACGUCCUCAUACUUGUAGACUGCAGAAGAAGAAACAUCCAAAUCAAUUAGUGGGUUGUUUUUUUAAUUUGCAGUAAUAUUUAAUAUUUUUCUUGUGGUGCAUUUUCAGUGAGGUGAAAUUACUGAACACAUUUUUGUAGAAUAUAAAAUCUGUAUAGAAAUUAAACAUUUUAUGCUCCGUUUUACAAAAUCUGAAAAAAUAAUACCUGGAUAAAUUCAUCUCUUGUCAAUUCAUUACGAUAUUUGUUGUGUUUUGGCAUUUAUUAAGUUUUAAGUUGUGCAUAAAAGAUGUUUCAUAGCAUAGUUUCCUAUCAGUCAGUAGUUUUCGUUUAAUAGAUAUGUGAAUGCCCAUGCACUGCUGGCUUUUUGUUGUGUAAUUUAUUAUUUUGUUAGCUUGUCUGAAUGAGUAUGUCAUGAUUUUUAUUAUUAUAGGUGAUAGUUAAGCUGUCGUCUUGCACAAAACAAAUCUCCAUUCUCAGAAAUUUCACUCAAAUUAUUGUACUGGAUGAUAAACUGAAUAAAAGAUGCAGUAAAUUUUGAUUCAAGGCUGAUGUUGUCCUUGUGUUUUAAAGGUUUAAGCAAAUGUUUAACUGUUGGGUGAAAGCCCUUCAUCCCAGGG